CCUUGCCUCACUUGGGGUUCAGUGAAGAAACAGCAGGGGAUGCCCUGUGCCAAGUCGGUGUGGGCCUCUCUGCCCCACAGGUGUCCCUCUUUGCUGCCCUACCCUUCAUGUUGGGGGAGGGGCUCUGUUUCUGUGCAGAAGGUCUGCUCUGGCUUCUCGCUUGGUCUUCCACCCGUGCAGCCGAGUAUCCCCAGUGGGUUUGCCUAGAUCCACUGAGCUGGAAGACCUCUGAGCCCGUUUUGAACCAGCCCAGGGAGAAAAGCUUUUGGCUGUGGGUGGCCUCAGUCUGCAGCACCCCAGAGACUCGGAAUCUCUUCCACCUGGCGUGACCCUCCGCCCCUUUCUCACCUCUGAGUCUUUGCAACUCCUCUUGCCCCCCCCUCUCCUCCCUCCAUUCUUCUUUCCAGGUUUUCUCCAGUGGCGAAAAGAGCCAUUCGGAUUCAUGUAGCUUAUUUCUCCUUGUAUGACUUGCAAUCAAAAUGGAAAAAGCAGGUGGCUCUUUGGAAGAUGCAGGAUGUUGAUUAACUAAUAUUUCAUUACAUUAUGAAUUUAAUGUGCAUCUUCAUGGAGGGGAUCUGUAGGAGCUCUGCAAUCCUUUGGGGGUUGCUGCUGCAGGGUCUUGCUUCCUUCUGCCAGCCCAGGGCAGCCCAUCGGAGGCUUUGCCCACAAUCUUUUUGGGUCGGCUGCCAUAAAAAGGAUGCUAGGAGUCGCAAGAGGGGAUUUAGAAUUUCGAUACUGAACUGAUGAGCACAAGGAAGUGAAUGGGCUGCAAAUGCCAGAAGCUGCCUCCGCAGGACAUGGUGCGCUUGAAAUGGUUUCCCUCUUCUUAGCUGACAGAAAAGGUCAGAUAGACGCAAAAGUGCAUUUUCAGUCCUCAAGGCGUUUUUGCAAUCGACCAGCAUUUUGCCCCUUGCUUCAGGAGUGCAAAAGAAUUUAAAGGAAGUCUCUGGUAACCUCUUGAAAGAUAAACUUACUGCAAGAGUCUCCACAUUUGGGAACUUUAAGACUUGUAUUAUAUCCAAUAGAAUGCUGGCUGGGGGAUUCUGGGAUUUGAAGUCCACGAGUCUUAAAGCUGCCAAGUGUGAUCUCCGACUUGGGAGAUAAAAUUAUUAUUAUUUAUUGAAUUUCUAUACUGCCCUUCUCCCGAAGGAGUCAGGGCGGUGAACAGAAUAAGAUUUCAUAUACAUAUAAUAAUUUUUUUUAAUAGUAAAUAAUAAAUUGAGUCAACUUGGUGUAUCUGCUAAGACCUUGGCAUAGAAUUUAGAUGUUUAUGCUAGCCCUGCUUGUUGAAACAGAAAGGUCUUCAGGGCACGUCGGAAAGUGCGAAGAUCUGGGAUUAUUCGUAUUCCAGGGGGUAUUUUGUUCCAAAGAGUAGGUGCCCCCACAGAGAAGGCUCUCUCCCUUGGAACUACUAGACGACAUUGUUUUAAUGAUGGGACUAUGAGUAGGCCUACUCUGUGAGAGCGAAUUGGUUGGUAGGAGGUUAUCGGUUGCAGCAGGUGGUCUCGUAAGUACUCAGGUCCUAAGCCAUGGAGCACUUUAAAGGUAAGAACCAACACCUUGAAGCGCACUCGGAAGGCCACCAGUGCAGCUUGCGUAGAAGAGGUGUUACAUGUGAGCGCCAUGUUGCUCCCAUAAUUACUCGCGCAGCCGCAUUCUGGACCAGUUGGAGCUUCCGGGUGCACUUCAAGGGGAGCCCCAUGUAGAGAGCAUUGCAGUAGUCAAGUCGGGAAAUGACGAGGGCUUGAGUGACUGCUAUUGAGUCCCGGUCUAGAAACGGACGCAAUUGGUGAAUCGGGCGAACCUGAUAGAAAGCUCCAAAAAACAGGAACAGUCGGCUUUAGGACCUGCCCGGCAACCUCGAGGAAAAGUGGUGGGGCCGAUGCCGUCACCAGGCAAAGCAGAGCCCCCCCCUUUUUUUUUGCCUCUUCCGCGAGCAGGAAACGCACGUGGCCGCCGCGCGCUGCUCAUUGGCUGAGGUCUCGGGCGCGACCCGCCCAUUGGCUCCCCCGCGGGACUCGAGUUUGCCGCCUGUCGGCGUUGCCUCAGCAACGGAAGCGUCCCGGCCAAUCGGGCGACGCGGCUGGAGCAUGCGCCCCAGCGUGUGUGAAAUGGCGGGUGACGGCGACGGCUGCUUGGCCUUGUGGCGGGCGGAGAACGACCGGCUGGCCCGGCGCUGGCGGAGGGCGGCGCGCCUUCCCGGCCCGGACCCCGCUCCGUUCGCGGAGCUGCUGAGGAAAAUUCAAGGGCUCCCCGCCGCCCUGCCGAGCCUUCCCUUGGAGCUGGCCGUCCUCUGCAACGCCCUGCCCGCCGAGAUGAGCCCGCCCGGCGGCUGCCCCCGGCGCGCCUCCACCUGGAUCGAGCGGGGGCUCCGGCGGGUGCUGGAGGCUUGUGCGGCGACCGAGGAGGGUCUCGACUCCGGGGAUCUCUGGCCGAGGGUCCUUCACCAGUCCUCGCCCGAGGAGCUCCGGGCCCCCUUGCACCACCUGGCUGCUCUGCAGGCCGCCUCCUGGCUGGCCGACCACCAGCUGGAGAGAGCCCGGAAGCUUCUGCGCCUCCUCAGCGGUGACCAGAUCCCGGACCCUCCUUGUGUUGGUUGUGACAGUGAGGUCCUUUCCCUGCUGCAGGUGUGGCACCCCCAUGAAAUGGGAGAGUCUGACCCCCUGGUGGUGCAAACCAUCAGAGAUUUGAAAGAGAUUCUGUGGACCUCAGCUGCCUUCUUGCAAGGUGUUCAGGAGCUGGAAGCUGACAACCCUCAUGGUGCCCUUCCCUUCCUCCAAGCGGCUGUGUCUGGGCUAUGUUCUAAGCGUGUCCUCGCUCAGAUCUUCACCUUGAUGGGAAGCUGCUACUGGAAAGUAGUACGGGGCAAGCCACACACAGCGCUGCAGCAUCUGAAGCAAGCCCUGGAGAUGGACUCCACCUUCCUGCCGGCCUUGUACCAAGCAGCUCUCUUGUACCACCAAUUGGGGCUCACCGAGGCCGAACUGGAAGCUCUGCUGCUGCUUUGUCAGGCUCUGGAGAGUCCUCCACAGGUAACCCUAGAGUCCCACGAGUCCCAUUUCCUCAUCCGGACAGAGCUGCUCACCAGCGGAUGCCGUCCGGCUGCUUUCCUUGCCCCAAGCUGCCCAUCAGGAGUGAAAUACAUGCUGGCCAAGAGAUGUUUGCAGGCGGAGAGGGCAACGGAGGCUGCAGAACAUUACCUGGACCUUCUGGCUCUCUUUCAGGAAGGACCUCUUCCACAGGUGUCUCAGUGCAGCGAGCCGGCCGUGCCCAGAAUUUCAGAGGUCUUCCUGGAAGCGGCCUCUGCUCUGGAGGAGGCAACCAGGCACCAGGAAGCCGUCGUGGUGUGCGAAGAGGUGGUCUCUCACACAAGCAGGCUAAUCCCGGCCAAACUGUGCAUCGUGCUGGACCUGAGUUCUGAAAAGGAGGCUGUAGGGGCGGAGAGGUCCUCCUUGGCAAAAUCUCCUGCUGCUGUCCUGGAAGAACAGAGAGAGAGCCUGCGCUGUGUCCUCUGGCAAGCAGCCGCCCACUUGAUCCAGGGCUGGGCAAGAGCCCGGCUGGGAGAACCCAAGGAAGCCAUAAACAGCUUUAGCAGGUGUCUUAAUGAUCUCCUGAGAGUCCAUUUGGUCAGCACAGGCCGCUGCAAAACUGAACCAGAAAGAGAGCAGACGGCCAUACCUGAAGCAGAGCUGCUCCCCCAAAUCAGACUCCUGGCCUUGACAGGAAGAGGAAUCCGGUUUCUGGAGCUGGGAAGGCUCAAAGAAGCCUUGAUGGAUUUUCAGUUCAGCCUGCAGGUCUCUCCAGACAGCUGCACGUCUACCUUGUACUUGCUGCACACCCUCUGGAAACUUGACCGGAAGCAGGAAGUGGUUGCACACUGGCCGAAGCUCCCAUCGGAGCCUGGCCUGAUGGAGGAAAACACAGGAAGAUCUUUCCCACUCUACCUGCGAUCGUGCGUGAAACAGAUGGAGUUUCCUCACAGGGAAUCCUUUGCCAAGGAUAUAAAAAGCUACCUCGGAGAGAACAGCCAGGUGCUUUAAUGCUACCGUGGCUUCUCUCCUCUUGCCAACUUUACUCUCAGCUGCUUUUCUCCCUCCCGAAAGGGCUUCUCCAGAGUUCACUGUCACCCGUGGGAAGAAGGCGAUGCUUUCUGAAUUCCCGGUGGGGGGGGGGCAGCGUAGUGGGAAGGGUGACCUUUCUUAAUGGCAGAGAACGGGUGUUCUGGCUCCCACAUGAAUAUCUGUCAGGAUGGUCUGGCUCAUGGAGCUGGUUUGUAUGAUUCAGGAGGGCUUCCUGUUCAACGGGAUCCAGGCGCAGAGAACGCAGCUCCCCUCUGUAAUGGAGGAGACUUUGGAAUGUGAACCUCAAUAUGCAGCAGUUCAGAGGAGGAGGACAGUCUUGGCUUCUAGAGCCUCUGCGUCCAUUGCCAGAGUCUGGACAAAGAGCAGGAGGAACUGCCAAAAGGCAUCCUGCUAGGAUGAGACCCACUGAAAUGUGGAGCUCAACCAAAAUGACUUAUUCUAAAGCAGGGCUCUCCAAAGCUUGGCAACCUUAAGACUUGUGGACUUCAACUCCCAGAAUUCCCCAGCCAGUUGCCAUGUUUGGAGAGCCCUGUUCUAAAGUUGUAGACAAAGCAAGACUUUGGGAUGUACCACAAAGAAAGACUAUUCCGGAAUAUGGAAGUCCUAUUGAGAUAGUUUGGUUAAGCUUAAAAGGAGUUAAAAACCAAAUUAUGCUGUUUUGGGACCCAACUGUAGCCCCUCUUCACCCAGGCAGAGGGUACAAAUGAUUCUUUUCUAAAUCAGGUUUCCAGACGGCAGGUUCUGGUGGUGACGGGAGACUUCAGUUAGCCCAACACUUCCUUGAAAAUGAAGAGUAAAGUUCCAGCAGAUUUCUCCUCUCUCAGCAGUGAAUGCAAUGUAACUAUUGUAGCAUCUCUUUGCAUCAAGCCCAGGCCCACCUGACUAGUAUUUUUCUCCCAGUGCCUCCCCCUCCCUGAGCAAACAGAUGACAUGGAAGUUUCUUAAUUAUUGGUCUUGAGGGGCCUCCCUGAUUAACGGAUGCCACUAUGAAAGGCACCCCCUCAUGUGGGAAUGAUGUCUAAAGAAGGAAGGGCUUUCUUUGAUCUUCAAUUCCUUCCUUUCAGCUCCAUUGGGUUAUCCCACCUUGUUCCUUCUCCCUGUCCACUUUCUGUAUGCAAUACAUGGUUUUCUGUUUUCACAAUUGGGUCACGCCUCCCCGUCUCCUUUUUUCUAAGCGGUGACUGGCAAACAGCAGAUGGCAGCAAUUAACUAACCUUGGGAAAGCUGAGGACUGCGCUUGGGUAAACACUUGCAUGGAGAAUUGCCAGAGUCCCAGGGUUACGAGGUAAACUGGGGAGUAGGGGAAAAAAACCUGGGUGGCAAGGAAGGGCCAGCAGCAAGGCCACCUGCCAAGGAAGAAGAAACAAAUGGCAAAGUUUGCUUCCCAUGUAGGAAGUCAUAAUUUGGAGCAGAAUUUCCAUUGCUAAGCAAGAGGUGGUUAAGUGAGCCUCAUCCAAUUGAUGACAUUUUUUGUCAUAAAAGGUUGUUAAGCAAAUCACUGCAGUUCUGAAGUGAAUUGCAUCGUUAAGUGAGUCCGGCUGACCCUAUUGACUUUGCUUGUCGGAAGCCAGUUGGGAAGAUCGCGAAUGAUGAUUUUGUGUAACCCUGGGAGACAGCAGCCGUUGUAAAUACACGCUGGUUGCCAAUUGCCCGAAUUGUGAUCCUGAACGUGGGGAUGUUGCAAUGGUCAUAAGUGUGAGGAUUGAACAUAAGUCACUUUUUCCGUUGCAGUUGUAACUUCAAAAACUGUCGCUAAAGGAAUAGUUGUAAAUCAAGGACUACCUGUAGUUGUGUUUUGUCAAUUUCUGCAACAUCCCUUCAGACCCGCCCCCCCCCCCCCCCACCAUGCUCUUAGCCAUCAGUAAAUUUGGCUGAUUUAUUAUGUGUUUCAAGUCAGUAUUCACUUUUAAUAACCAUUCUAUUUAUUUAUUUAUUAAAUUAAUAAACCUCCAGACUGGUUUGGCUCCAUCCCGAAGGCUGCCUUCCAGUAGUGUAGCCAUUGCCAUGGUAGUCAUCUGCUUUUUCUCCUUCCAACUUGCCAAGCAUUUUGGACCCUUAGGGAAGGUGGAUCUUUGCAAAACAUUUGCAUCCUGAAUGUGAAAUUUGGCUUGGUUUGUUUCAAGAUCCAUUAUUUUAUGCCUAUCCACAAUAUUCUCAUGAAUCUUCUCUGGCAUCAGCGUCCAGAACCAUCAGUACUUCCAUCUUCUUCAAACUCCAGUUUCUGCUUCCAUAGAAGAUCAUAGGGAACUAGCAAGGCUUGGCGCAAUUCUGAUCUUUUGUAGGGGGAGGCACAUCACAGAUCUGAGCCGCUUUUCCAAGGGCCUUCAGGGCUGUGCUGCCAGGAGCUGAUCUGCAGCAUAUUCCUGGACUGCUGGCUCCUUUACUGUGUUCUGAGAGCCAGUCCUAAAAAGCGGAAGCCACCUGCCACUUCAGUAUCUUCAUGGUCAGUUCUGAGGCUGCUUGUUCUACCUGUUGCCCUUAGUUUGGUCUUCUCUAUUACACAGGCUGCAGGCCAUGAGCCACAGUAAAGUGUAUUCCAAGACUCUUAACUUUUCUGGGGAGCCUCUGAUAGAAUGGAAUCGUCAAAGGGCCGACUCUGUUCAUACGCCAGUUUCCAAAGGUUCAUGGAGCAGGAUUUUCUUCUGCAGAGUCCAUGCUGAUCUUCCUCCGGAAGGACUCAUUCCUCUAAGUCAGGGGUGUCAAACUCGGAGGCCGGAUCCGGCCCACAGGAUGCUUAGAUCUGGUCCGCGGGGCCGCCCUGGAAAGAGGAAAGGACCGGCCCGCAGUGCCUCUGCCAGCAAAAAUGGAGCUCAAGAGGGCGUCCCUCCCGAGCUCCAUUUUCUCUGGCAAAAGGUUGCACGAGACCAUCGCAGCUGAAAACGGAGCUCAGGAGCCCAUUUUUGCCGGCUGAGUGCUCAGGCCACCACAUGUAGAAAUUGAGGGGAUACUUUGGCAUUAAUUCAGGCAUAUAAAUCGCAAUAAUAAAUAAUAAUAAAUAAAUAGUCCUUGACUUCGUUUAGUGACCACUUGAGGUUGCAACGGCAUUGAAAAAAGUGACAUGACCAUUGAAGCAUUGUGAUCAAAAUUCAGACUCCUGGCAACUGGUGUGUAUUUAUAACCAUUGCAGUGUUCCGGGGCCAUGUGGUCACCUUCUGACAAGCAACGUCAAUGGGAAAGCCAGAUUCACUUAACAACCAUUGCAGCAAUUCACUUAACUGUGGCAAGAAAGGUUGUAAAUUGGGGCAAAACUCAGUUAACAACUGUCUUGCUUAACAACAGAAAUUUUGAACUCCAUUGUGAUUGUAAGUUGAGUACCUGCAAAAUGGGAAAAAAAUCAUUCUAGGCACCCAGGUAAGAGGUCUGACAAAUUACAAUAAUUCCCCCAAAUCCAAGUUUAUUAAAUUUUGUGUUAUUAGGCUGUCUUUUUUUUUUUUUUUUUUUUUGGCACAAAAGUACUUUUGUACAUCUGGAUAUAUUUUACUUAACCACCAAGAACUGUUGAACAAGGCACACAAAAAUGCUUCAGGCCUACAUUUAUUAAAGGAAAAUAAAAAAGAAUUUGGAAUGGUCUCGGGUCAUCUAGUGUCUCCCCACUAAAUGUUGUAUAGGGAUGCAAAAGAGUGAUACAGCAACAAAGGCAGGCUGAAUGAUGCUCUUUAAGGAGAAUGCAAACGGGCAGAAUAAGUUCACUGAAUUAUUUUAAUACAAGAUGCAAAUUUGGGAGCAAAACUACAGCUCAGAUCAGCCUCUUUCCUAGGAAGAAUGGACUUCAUCAAACUGCCCCCCUUUCCACAUUUCUCUGUCUUACUCAUCGCUGUUAUUAGUGUCCAGAUAGAGAUGCUGUAUCCAUGCAAGGACUAAGUAAAAUCUAAAAUGUUUCCCUUGGGAUAGACUCAAUGGGAGCUUUCAAAAGCCACAUAUCAGCCUUUAUAUUGAGCAAAAUCAGAAAAUACCUUCAUUAUUAAUCAGGCUAAGUAUGUGGUGUGAAUACAGCCAAAUUAUAGUCACUUUUCUGGUGAUCUCACCUCUGCCUAUGGGAGCAAUUAUAAUUUUUUCCAGGCAGAAACCCUGGAGGAAUUGCAGUUGUUUCACAAAUGACACUCAGAAAUGUUAGUAGGUGGAGGGAAGCUUUAGUUUCACUUUUUUAUUAUUUUUUAUUAUUAUUUUUUUAAUUUGAUUUAUAUGCCGCCCUUCUCCGGAGACUCAGGGCGGCUUACAAUGUGCUCAGCAAUAGCCUUCAUCCUUUUGUAUAUUUAUACAAAGUCAGUUUAUUGCCCCCACAAACUGGGUCCUCAAAAGGAGGAGGAGUUUCAUUUCUCCUUUUGAAAAAGUUAAUGGAUGACUUAGGGCAGGGAUUCUUUCUUCUUCUGUGUACCUUCAGUCCUUCCCUGUUUAGAUACCAGAAGCCCUUAUUUUCUGAAAACAAGUAUACCUUUACAGGCAUCCUAUUCCAAUUUCGAAGGGCCUUAAAGAUCAGGUUGAUGCCCCUUUUCUGUUCCCCCCUGCCUCAUUGUCCCUGUGUCUUCUGCUUUAUUUUCUGCAUUGUUUUUUUUACUGUUUAUAACCAUUGUAAAUUGCUCAGACACAUUGAGAGUUGGAUGGCAUAUAAAUUUAAUAAAUUA